UUUUCUCAUUUGUUAAUUGUUUAACAAUUCGCGGGAAGAAAGUUUGUAACACACAAAAUGUUCGAAUGUGAGACACUUACCGAGAGAACUCUUGAGAGUGAAAAGUUUUUGCGUGCGCAUGAAUUCCGCAGCCCGCUUCGACUAUUGUUUGCCGUUGAUACGAUCGUCUUAUGUUUCGAACGCGGUGUGGUUGUUUCCAAGAAGGACAAUUAGACCACGGGAAACAUUGACAAAAUCACUCGACGUUCGAAACAUCGCGUUCGCCGUUCGAUUUCGUUUGAUUCUCUUUACUGUCGCUUCUCUCCAAGAAGGAUCGGAGAACGGAGACAAUGUUUGAUGACUGCGUGCUGCAGUCGAUGCGGUUUCCGCAGAAACUCUGGCGUAUCGUGAACGAGUGCAAGACCGGAGCAAUUCGAUGGGGCGUCAACGGCGACACUAUCCUGCUGAACUACAAGAAGUUCCAGACUGAGUACUUGGACGCGCAUCGACCGAUCUUCAAGACCAACAACAUCACAAGCUUCAUCAGGCAGCUUAAUCUCUACGGGUUCCGCAAGGUGACGUCUCACAACCGCGACCCCAUGUGUAACUUCUGCAAUCCGCACGUGCACGAAUUCACGCACGACAGCUUCCGCGCGGAUCGGAUAGAUCUGUUGCCCAAAGUGUGCCGAAAGACCGGUGUCAAGGGAAAAUGCACGCAGCACGACGCGAACGUGACGAAAUCUCCCGUGGGGGACAAUUCGCGCACGGAGACAAAUCCCGUGUCCCGUUUGAAACUGUGUCAGUUAGCUUUGACUAGAACUCUGAAAGAGAUUGUUCAAGAAUAUCAACAAAACUAUAAGAAACCAUCAGUUGUAUUACCAAAGGACAAUUCAAGAGAAAUAAACUCUCAAGAUACAGAUCCUGUCCUGUAUAAAGCGCACGUAGAUGAUGUUCAUAAUAAAAAAUCUGCUGUAGAACAGAACACAAAAUAUUCAGCUUUUCUUUCUCCAAAGAAUGUAUCCAAACAGGAAGAAGCAUUUUUCUUACCUUUGUGUGUUACCACAGUGAAUAAAUAUGGCAUGCAUCUCAAGAUUCCAAAUAUAAAAUCAGCUUAAAAACCAUUAAUUUUGAUAUUUUCUUCCAAGCAGUGAUAUUUAUCAUACAUAGUGAAUUUUCGUGAGAUUUUUGUAUAUUCAGAGAAUGAAGUUAAAUAAAUUUAUGUUAAAAGUUAAUUUAAUAUAAUAGUCCAACAAUUGUCAGUAAGAAAUAUAAAUAUCUCUGCAUGUACAAUAUGGAUACAAUAAAACAGAUUUG